AUGGAACAAAUCGAAACAGCUGGUGGUUCAGAGGCAGUUUUUGAAUUGAUCAAUAUUAUACGACAAGAUCCAAGUAUUUGGGAUCGAACAUCCACAACCUACAUUACUCAUUUUGAUUUAAAAAUACAUCGAUUUGCGGAAAUUGCUGAACAACUCAAUUUGGAAGCUGUAACAGCCGAAGUCGUAGCAUCAGCAUGGCGAGAAUUGAGCGAGAAAUAUCGUCGACGAUUAUAUGAUGGUAAACGUCGGAAUGGUGCAACAAAUUGGCCGUAUUUUGAAGCGAUGAGCUUUUUACGAGAUCAAUAUGAACAAACUAAGUGGUAUCGUCCAUUAUCGGUAUCACGAUCUAAUCAAUUAUCAUCUUCAUCAAAUGUUGCACAUCUGGUAGAUACAUUCUUAACUGCACAAGCAGUCCUUGAUGCUGAGCAAACAAUCUCAAAAGCUGUUGAACCAAUGCUUCCUAUUACUUUGUCAGAUUCUUUACAGCAAAAGGGAGAUACAGUGUUAGCUAUCCCGGUUGGAAAUGGUGAUGAACGAAGUCAGUUCGACAAAGCGGAAUUCACAGCUAAAUACGAAUUGGUUGAUCCUACGUUUCAUUCCUUUACAACCGCUGACCAAAAUGAAUUAAGCGGAAAUUAUACAAGAACUGCUUACAGCGUUGACGUGGAUAAUAUUGCUAUAGCUUCCGCUGCUGACAGUACAAAAUCACCCGAUAAUUAUGAUGAAAAGCAGCCGGUAUCACCAACAGCAUCUGUUGAUGGCUUGCCGCAGAGUAGUAACAAUAGUAUUACCGAUCAAGCAAUUCCUCUUCUUAAGACACGAAUACGAGCGCAACGUUAUGAAGCGUACAAAAAUCCUCGCCGAAUAUGGAAACACCAGAAACAAUCGGCAUUACAUCAAACUCCUGGCUCCGUUAACAAUACUUUUUCCAGUGUUCCAACAGGGGAGACAGUUGCAGAGAUUUUACGAUCUGUGCGAGUUGCCUCAGAUGGGAUACCAUCAUAUAGUUUAAAUUCGAACCCGCACCAUCAUUUGCAACAACAGCAGCAUUUUUCACCUCCUCCAUUGUGCGACAGUUCUUCGAGAUGGGAGAAUGUUGGCCGAGUGUGGGUAGAUAUGAUGAAAAUGAUACGAUCGCCUCAACUAGCACUUGCAGCCCACAAAUAUAUCAUGAACACAUUGUUUUCCGUCCUGGAAGCUGAUCAACAA